UCUGUAGGAUGGAUCCUCUUGGCCUCACAGUUCCCCAAUCCCCCCAAUCCACUCCGAUUGCAUGCCCUCGCAUUGUUUUCUCUGUCGGCUGAAAGGAAAGAGAUGUGUCCAGCUCCCGAAUCACUUACUCUGCACCGCAUGUCAACACUUGCGUGUUGAGUGCAUGCCUUGUUUAAUAAAGGUUCCCAAUGCGGUUAGAGUGAGUUGUGAUCUGUGGCCAAGGCUUUGGCUUCCGGCGGUCCUGGGCAUGUUGAGAUAGCACUGCUCCCCAAGACGCGACAGUUUCUUUCAUAUCUACAAUCGAGCCUCCGGGAU